AUGUGUGAUGAGGUUGAUUCAAGUAGGAUGAAUACAGUCAGAGUGAUUACAGUUAGAUCAGCUUCAACUUCAUCCCAACAAGAUACUCCCUCAAGUCCGUCAAGAGUCAGUGACACUGGUAAUCGUAAUGCCUUCAAUCAAGAUUCUGAUAUAGAUUCUAAUGAAGAUGAAAUAUCCUGUAAAGAUGAUGAAAGAUCAGAAAAUUCUUGGAUUCUACUCUGGCUUGGAUAUUGUGGUCCAGAAAAUAAAAAGAAAUACACUCCAACCUAUAUUAAUCGAAAUGAUAAUAUAUGGGAACUCGUAUUUUCUGAACGUGGAUAUGUAGAUAUGUUACUUAUUGUUAGAGAUUUAUAUAUGAAACCUUUCCCGAAAGUUGAUGUUAAUUCAGUGAUUGGUUUAUCUACGGAUCAUUUAUUAGGAGAUACAGAUUUAUGUACAGCUUUAUUCCCGUGUAUUAAUGAACUUGUUACUUCUCAUGAGAAAAUAUUUCGUGUUCUAGCUGGUUUACAUCUAGAACGUGAAGAUCAUAUUAUACCAUCAUUAGGAGCUUAUUUGGUGCAGUUAUUUGACCAAGAAAGUCUUUCAUCCUUAUCACAGUUAUAUGGCCAUUUUCUAUAUGCACAAAAACGUAUUCGCGAACGUUUACAAGCCUGUAAGAAUCAUGCACGAAUUGCAACUUUCUUUCAGCAAGUGAAACAGAAUCCUCGUAGUUCACGUAAAUCAUUAGAAGAUUGUUAUAUGGUGAUUGUACAACGUUGGACUAAAGUAGAAACGUUACUUGAAUCAAUUAUACGAAAUACAUUAAAUGAUGAUAAAGAAGUUGCGAAUUUAGAAAUUUCUCGUAAAGCAGUCAAAUCAUUAAUAAAAUCUUCAGAAACUAUAUUGACAGAAUUUGAAUACACUGGAAAAUUGAGAGAAUUUGCCAUGCGCUUAAAUGUAUCUGAUACUACGACUGGUACAACAAUGAUGUCAUUAUCAAGUAAUACUUCAUCGGAUGAAAUGCAAUUACUUAAUGAAUUGAACUCACCUAAUGCAAAGUUAAUUAAUCAUGGACGAUUAUAUGCUAAUCCAAUGGUUUCUGGUUGUGGACUACAGUCGAGUACAUCCUAUGAAGUAGAAGGUGUAGCGUUAAAAAGUUGCUUCUUUAUGCUACAAAAAUACCGGACUCAAAUCGAUACCAGUUAUUUCGUGGAACAGAAAUGCCUCCUAUUCUUUGGGGAGAAAGCCAGUUUCGGAUUUUACAUUCUUUUACAUUCCGCUACCGCCCUUACGUUAUUCCGUUGUGCAACUGUAGAUGAGUUAGCAAGAUGGGAAACUAUUUUCAAUGAUGGUUUUGCUCAAUGGCGAGAGCAUAUGGAUACUUUUGAAAGUUUAUCUGAAGAGUUCUCUAAAGCUCGUGAUGAAAUUGCUGAAAAACAAAAACGAACAGAAGGUAUUCUUGAAUUACUAUACCAAUUAAAUGAUAAACGUCUUACAUUCUGGAAAAUUUGGGAAUUCAUUUCAUCUGUAUUAAUUAAUGAACGUCUAGCUGAAAUGGAAAUGCUAACAUCUAAAACAGAAUCAUUGUCUACAUCAACACAAACUAAUGCAAAUCGUUCAAGUAUUAAAGUAGACAUAACAUCACCUCCGAUUACACCAAAUAAUAAUAAUAAUAAUGCUCAACAAAUUACUACCAUGGAUACGCUCAAGUUACAUACGUUUAUUUCAAAUCUUGAUACAUAUAAUGAUUUAGAUCAACUUUUUGAUUUAUUUCAUGAAUAUUUUUAUCGUUUGUCUUUCGCUCUCCUCAGUGGACCGUCUUCCAAUUUAUCCAGAAGUGCCUCAGAUGUAGAUGGUAGCAAACGGCCUCAAACAAAUUUAGUUAAAAAACACGAAACAUUUAGUGUACAUGAUAGUGUACCUGUGGCUAAUGAAUUACGAUCGUCAAUUGAUGUUGGUCGUAUGAAAUCAAAGAAGAGAGAUGUUCAUCGACUUAGUGCUACUAUGGCUAGUAUAUUCCGUACACCUAGUCGGGAUAAACAUUUUACUUUGAACAAUCAAUCAUCUACAGAUCAUGGUACAAAUGGCUGUGGUAUCAAUACAACUGGAACAUAUAAAUCCAUUAAACAACGUCAACCUUUAUCUUCUUCCUCACGUACUCAACAACAAUUAUCAGGUCCUCCUCUACCUCCACGUCCACCACCUACAGUUUUAGCUCAUUUAAAUCUCACUGGGGGAAGCGGAGCAGGAGUAGGUGCUAAUGAACAACUUUCGCCAACCAGUCAAUUAUCACUCAAUCAUGACAGUUUAACUGAUGUAUCGAAUUCAUUGAUUGUUUCAGAUCAACCAUCUUCCGAGUCAUUAAUAUUACUUGGGGCAUUAAAUCACAUAGCUGGUGCCCUCUUUCCUCAAAUACAAUUAUUACGUACAGAAAAUGUUGAAUUACGUUCUACUAUUAAUAAAUUAGAAAUUGAACAAUCUAAUUGGAAACAUUUUCGUAAUCGUGAUAAUCAAUUAAUUAUGCGUACUUCUUCAUUAAAUACUGGUAAUGGUAAUAUCACUCAUACAGAUCAUCUGAAUAAUUAUUUCAUGGAUAAUACAACAGUAAAACAAGAAACAGAAAAAUUACGACAAGAUUAUGAAAAUUUUACUAAGAAAUCAAAUGAUUGGGAAAAAGAAUAUCAAAAACAACGUUCUACUAUUGAAAGAGAACAUAAUAAAAUUGCUAAAGAACGUGAAUUAUUAGAAAAUGAACGAUCUGAAUUAGAAUAUCGUCAACGUCAAUAUGAAGAAUUACGUAGUACAUUACAAGCACAAUUAAAUAUAUAUAAAAAAAUGGGUUUAAAAUUAACACCUAUCAAUAGUACAGAACUUCAAGAACUUCAAGCAAGUUGUAAUGCAAAUGAUUUUAAUUCACAAUUAAACCAAAGUAGUUCCUCUAUAAUAACCAAUUCAUUUGAUGAUUAUUUAAAUGAAUUAUCUGGAAAUAAUAAUACUGAAACUAAUCGAGUCAAUUCUGGUGGUAUCAAUGAUUUUACAAAACCAAUACAUUUUUAUUCAAAUAGUGAUGAUUUAACAGGAUCUCGACGUGCUAUUACUAGUCAUUCUACUGAUGUAAAACAAAGCUAUAUAUAUUCUACAGAUAUUGAUCAUAAUCCAAAACCAUCACUUGUACCGUCUAGUUCAACACGAAGUGAUAAUGUACCGGUACAUUUACGUGGAAGUUUAGUCAAUCAAAAUAAUAUGCGUGGACAGCCUAGUAGUCCACGUUCAUCAGAUGUUCUAUCGGAUAAUAAUAAUCGUAGCAAUUCAUCAAAUGAAAUAUCAAUAUCUAAUAUUAAUAGUUUAACUCAUGGUAUUGGAAAAUCUAUUCCUAGUUCUUCAUCUUCUUCAUUGUUUACUGAUUCAAAUCCUCUUAUGAAAUUAGUUGAUCAUACAAAAGUACGAACAUCAAGUUCACUGAAUAAACCAAAAAAAUCUUAUCGUUCUAGAUCACGUCAAAAAGAUACUUAA